GUGUUUGCGGUCUCAAGAUAUUUUGGAGUAUCAUUGACCAAGAGCGAGACUUAAGUCCCGAAAAGUAUGAAAAGUUGCAGUGCGUUGGGAAAGUUUGUGAUGUUUAAUAUCAGAGAUGGAAGUAUCAGAUUAAUUGUGUUUCACCUUGAAUGUGAACACUAGAUCAGAGCUGCCAGGGGGAUCUGCAGCUACGCCAAGCCCAGCAAGGCUUCACUUAGCUGGGUAACAUCUGCUGAGGCCUCCCCUGCCUCCUGGACUUCACCAUGGCGAUGCUGCUCCCCCAGAAUCCAUCUCAGGUGCAUGCGGCUGCUGUGAAUGGAGACAAAAACACCUUACAGAGACUGAUCACAGCAGAGUCUCGUCUACGGGACAGUGAGGAUCAGUUCGGCCGGACUCCUCUGAUGUAUUGUGUACUGGCCGACCGGUUGGACUGUGCAGAGGUGCUACUUAAGGCCGGCGCAGCCGUCAACAAGACUGACCACAGUCAGAGGACCGCACUGCACCUCGCAGCACAGAAGGGCAACGUGCGUUUCAUGAAACUCUUACUCUCGCGCCACGCCGAUUGGCGGCUGAAGGAUCUGGAAGAAAUGACUCCGUUACACCUGGCAACCCGACACUCGAGCUCCAAACCUCUGUCUCUGCUCCUCAAGCACAUGGCACCUGGCGAGGUGGACACACAGGACAGAAAUAAGCAGACAGCGCUGCACUGGAGCGCUUUCUACAAUCACCCCGAGCAUGUUAAGCUGCUGAUCAAGCACGACUCAAACAUCGGGAUCCCAGACAGCGAAGGCAAGAUCCCCCUACACUGGGCGGCCCAUAACAAACACCCCAAUGCCACACGUACAGUGCGCUGUAUCCUGGAAGCUGCUCCCACUGAGUCCCUGCUGAACUGGCAGGACUAUGAAGGACGCACCCCUCUGCACUUUGCAGUGGCUGAUGGGAAUGAGGCGGUGGUUGAAGUCCUGACAUCAUAUGAGGGCUGCAGUGUGACAGCCUAUGACAAUCUGUUCAGGACACCACUGCACUGGGCGGCGCUGCUGGGUCAUGCAAAGAUUGUACAUCUUCUGUUAGAGAGGAACAAGUCUGGGAUGAUCCCAUCAGACAGUCAGGGAGCAACACCUUUGCACUAUGGAGCUCAGAGCAACUAUGCUGACACAGUCGCAGUGUUCCUAAAACACCCCACUGUGCGAGAUGAACCUGAUCUGGAGGGACGAACAGCCUUCAUGUGGGCUGCAGGGAAGGGCAGCGAUGAUGUUAUUAAAAUUAUGCUGGAUCUGAAAAAAGACCUGGACAUAAACAUGACUGACAAAUAUGGAGGGACAGCGCUUCAUGCGGCUGCGCUCUCAGGGCAUGUGUCCACUGUGCGGUUGUUACUCGAGCAGGGAGCCAUGGUGGACCCACUUGACGUAAUGAAACACACGCCUCUGUUCCGUGCAUGUGAGAUGGGCCAUCGAGAUGUCAUUCUAACACUCAUCAAAGGAGGGGCGCGUGUUGAUCUGGUAGACAUAGACGGUCACUCAGCCCUGCACUGGGCGGCUCUGGGCGGUAAUGCGGAGGUGUGCGAGGUGCUGAUGGAGAACGGGAUCAGUCCUAAUUUACAGGAUCAUGCAGGACGAACUCCCCUGCAGUGUGCGGCAUAUGCUGGCUACAUCAACUGUAUGGCCUUGCUCAUUCAGCAUGAUGCAGACCCCAAUAUCCAGGACAAGGAGGGGAGAACUGCACUACAUUGGUCCUGUAAUAACGGUUAUCUGGAUGCUGUGAAGCUGCUUCUGGGAUGCGGGGCCUUUCCCAACCAUAUGGAGCACACAGAGGAGAGGUACACACCUCUAGACUACGCCCUGCUGGGAGAACAUCAAGAACUGACCCAGUUUCUAUUGGAGCAUGGAGCUCUGUCCAUCGCCGCCAUCCAGGACAUCGCUGCCUCGUCUAUCCAGGCUCUUUACAAGGGCUACAAGGUCCGACGGGCCUUCAGAGAACGCAAGAAGCUCCUCAUGAGACAUGAGCAACUGCGCAAGGAUGCUGCAAAAAAGAGGGAGGAGGAGCGGAGACGUGAGGCAGAGCAGCAGCACUCAUUGGCAGAGGCAGAUCAGAAGCAGCUUGUCUCAUUGGCCGCAGCCAGAGUGGAAAAGCUGUCACUGGAUGAAACAGAGCAGAGCGUUAAAGAACCAGUAGUGGCGAAAGGACACAAACACAAAAAGUCCCCCAGUGCUCAUAAUGUCCAAUCACAGAGCAGGAGAGAGAAAAAACACAGAACUGAGCGCAGAACGAGAGAGGCUGAAACACCAGAGGCUUCUCUCCCCCCGGCAGCCUCUGGUCUCACGAUGACCCCCUUGAGCACCAGGAAGUGUUCAGGCACUGAGGAGGUGUGUGUGAUGGAAAAUUGCGGCCCAGACACAUGCAUAUCUGUGGAAUGUGGCUCCACAUAUGAGCGCCGAUCUCCCGCUGGGUCCAGUCGACCAGGCAGUGCCAAACCGGUCAACGCAGGGGCCCAUGUAGCACCAGGCCACAUGGAAACCACCACAACACCCAAAUCAGCAAUACAUAACAGACCCAGGACUACAGGAGCCCAUUUAAAACAAGCGACCCAUGCUACACCACGAUCCACAGAGACACCGACAGACAGCGUUUGUAAAUCAGCAUCCAGGGGGAACAGGCCAGCAUCACAACACAGAUCUACAGGAAACCAGCCAUCUAACAUCUCCAACUCCACCUCUGUCACACGACAAAAAGAGAGACGAGCAGAAAGAGAUAAGGAUAACAGAUCAAGGACUGAGGGGGAUAAACAGACCGGCAGAGAGAAACAGAAAUGUACAGGGAUGGAAAGAGACAAAGAGAGAUGGAUGGGCAGAACAAGAAAAAAACAAGUUGACAAAGAGAAAGAACAGAAGAGAGACAGCAUCCAUAGUAAAAACCAGGCGGCUGUUGUGAUACAAAGAGCAUGGAAGAGCAUCAUGGGUAAUGUGAACAGAUGGCUUCGACAAAAGCAUAUGCUAUUGAUUAACAACCUCAGAGCUCACAACAGGUCUUGUAUUCGAGGUCGUCUUCGUAAGGUACUGUGCAAGGCUGGGAAAGGGGCGGAGUCUGCUGAAGUCGCAGCUCUUUUGGUUCAGCUGUUGUGGGAGUGGCCUAUUGCUCAUGAUCACACCCACUAUAAAACAUCUGACGUUCAAGCUCCUCCCACCAGGAAUGUAGGAAAAAAGAGCUCUGUGCUGCAAAAUAUAUAUGGUGGCGCCCCUUCCAAAAGAGGGCACUCUUUGCGGGCUGCAGUGCUUAAACCGCAAAGCCAAAGUCAAGCGCUGCUGGAUCUGUCACUUAAAACAAACAAACAGUUGAACGCUGUCGAGUGUGUGAGCCUCGUGGAUUCUUUAAGUCAGGCGAAGCAAUACUCUUACCAUCUACGGCCGUCCAGUGCUGACAAUCAAAGCGGUCACAACAGAACUAAGAACUGAGAAACAAACAUGCUUGGAUUUCUAGGAAUUAAAUCUUAGGGAUGACGCACAAACUCAUUAGAUGUUUAUUUAAACUGUUUAUUGCAUAAGGUACAGUAAACUCGCAUGCUCCGUAUCAUUUAUGUAUAAAAUCUGCAGUAUCACCUUGAUUACUGCAGAGGUUGGAGGUUAAACCACAAACACAACAAAUAUAUUAGAUAACCUUUCAUUCUGUCAACAACAGGUCAUAUACCUGUCAUAAGGGUGACAUAGGACUUACAUAAGACCACCUGCAUGGGAGACCACGCUACAGUCAAGACAUCAUAUUGCAGUUUUCAGCGUAUUUCUGAUAUUGUCACAGAUUUUGACAUUGUAUCCUUAUAUUCUUAUUGCCACACCCCUGUUUAUUAAGUGGGUUGGAUUAUUAAUGUGUUUAUAUCUAUCACUAUAAAUCAUUGUACUCUUUGUAUUAUUAAUGUACUAUUUUAAAAUAUAUUAUUUUGUAAAAGUGAAGAUACCUCAGUUUAUAUGUUAAAAGGGAAAUAUUUUGCUGUCAUUCUUGCCAGAUUUGCAGGUCAUGUUAGCAACUUUGUCUUUUACCCUGAGAGAGUAAUAAUUUUUUGAACUGUUGAAACAUACACUAACAUUCAGACGUUUGAGGUCGGUAAGAUAUUUUGUUUUUGAAACUCUCUUCCCACCAAGGCUGCAUUAUAACAAAAACACAGUAGAAACGGUAAUAUUGUGAAACAGUAUUACAAUUUAAAAUAACUUUAUAUUAGAAUAUGUUUUAAAAUGUAAUUUAUUUCUGAGGGUUUGCACUUAGGGCACGAUUUGGUCAGUUACCCGGAUGCGUGCCCAUAUCGGCAAUACGCGGAUGUAAACAAACAGCAUAGAUUACAGUAAACACACUACUGAAUAAGUUGUUCUACUAAUUUAUGCUGUCUAAACCGCGUGGAAAAAAACGUGUGGAAGCUGCUAAAUCGUAUAAAGAGUGACUUAGUCAGCAGGAAUAGGCGCAAUAUUUUAAGAACCUAAAGUUAAUAGGUGGUAAAGAUACAUACAAGCAACCUUAAUUGAGAAAUUAGCCUAAUAUUUCACCUACCUGACUGGAAAUGAUAAGAGGAAACACAAAUGUUGUCAAGAUUCUUGACCUGGAAGUUCAGUUCGACCAACAAAACAGACAGGAGAGUAGAUUAAUUUGGGUGGAUUUAAACUUGUGAAAUGGUGUGAAAGAACAUACCUUCUUAUGUUCAUUCAUGUUUACUUAGUGCUUUAACUAACUCAAAUAAGAAAAGAUGAUCGAUUCGAUCUGUCAAGACAUUAAAAAGCCACAAAUUUCUUAAAGGAGAACUCCACUUCCAGAACAACAAUUCACAAAUAAUUUACUCACCCC